UAAGCUUUGUAUUAGCUAACAAAAAGAAAAUGACAACUUCAUUUAAAUUCUCCUUCACGAUUGAAAUUCUAUGCUUAGCUCUUUGCUCUCUCACUUUAAGUUGUCAUGCCUUCACUUCUAUGGACUAUUCUACUGCUCUUGAGAAAUCCAUCCUUUUUUUUGAAGGGCAGCGGUCGGGAAAAUUACCGCCUGAUCAGAGGCUCACAUGGCGGGGUGACUCUGGCUUGUCUGAUGGCUCAUCCUAUCAUGUCGAUUUAACAGGUGGCUACUAUGAUGCUGGAGAUAAUGUCAAGUUUGGAUUGCCAAUGGCCUUCACCACCACGUUAUUGGCAUGGAGUGUUAUCGAAUUCGGCGACGAAAUGGGCAGCCAGAUUGAACAUGCCCGAGCCGCCAUUCGCUGGGGGUCAGAUUAUCUUCUAAAAGCAGCCACUGCCACUCCAGGAACCUUAUAUGUCCAAGUGGCAGAUCCAAACAUGGAUCAUAAGUGCUGGGAAAGGCCUGAAGAUAUGGACACGCCGCGGAAUGUUUACAAGGUGUCGACGCAGAGCCCGGGAUCCGAUGUUGCAGCAGAAACGGCUGCUGCAUUGGCUGCAGCCUCAAUAGUGUUCAAGAACUCCGACCCUUCGUACUCCAGAAAAUUACUUCAAACGGCCAUGAAAGUCUUCGAUUUCGCGGAUAGGUAUAGAGGUUCUUAUAGCGAUUCUCUCAAUUCAGUGGUUUGCCCAUUUUACUGUUCCUACUCAGGAUACCAGGAUGAGCUUCUCUGGGGCGCUUCAUGGAUUCAUAGAGCCUCACAAAACACUUCAUAUUUGGAUUAUAUAAAGUCCAAUGGCCAUACAAUGGGCGCUUAUGAUGAUAACUAUUCUUUCAGCUGGGAUGACAAGAGACCCGGGACCAAGGUUCUCCUUUCCAAGGACUUCUUUGAGAAAAAGACUCUGGAAUUCCAGCCAUACAAAUCCCACUCUGAUAACUAUAUAUGCUCCCUAAUUCCCGGAACAUCUAGUUUCCAAGCCCAAUACACACCAGGUGGACUUCUUUACAAAGGAAGUGCAAGCAAUCUUCAGUAUGUGACUUCUUCAGCUCUCCUCCUGCUCACAUAUGCCAAGUACCUCAAUCUGAAUGGGGGAGUUGCAACGUGUGGAAGCUCAACAAUCACAGCGGAAAAGCUAAUCUCACAGGCAAAGAAACAAGUUGACUACAUUCUAGGAGACAAUCCAGCAAAGAUGUCUUACAUGGUGGGGUUUGGCGAGAGAUUUCCUCAGCAUGUGCACCACAGGGGUUCCUCUGUGCCGUCCAUACAUGCGCACCCCACCCGCAUUCCCUGCAACGAUGGAUUCCACUACCUCGACUCCAGUUCUCCGAACCCGAAUGUCCUUGUUGGGGCUAUAGUCGGCGGCCCUGAUAGCCGUGACAAUUUCGCCGAUGAUCGGAAUAACUACCAGCAAUCUGAGCCUGCUACUUACAUCAACGCGCCCUUUGUUGGCGCCGUGGCUUACUUCGCAGCCAAACCUAACUAAGAACUUAAAAUUAGCAUUAUUGGAAUCAUGCACGAGGAUUAGUAUCAAUACCACGUAGAAUGUGAGGUGAGAUGUAGUGGGAUUGAAGUGAAAUAUGUAUCCUCUUUCCCAUAAAAGCUGCAUCAUAUUUAGAGUGACUUGAAAGUUUAGUAAUUA